UACAGUACCGUCUGUGUAGAGUGAGUCUCCAGGGGCUAUACCCUCUCUGCCUUUGUCCAGGAUCCCAACCUCGGUGCACCAAGCCUGGGUACGCCAGCUAGCCCUCACCCCUGCUGCCCCGCCAGUCUGCCGGAACUGGACAAGAGCUUCUGAUACAGCCGAGAGUAGCAAGGGAGAGGGAGAGAGAGGGAGAGUGAGAGAAAGAGAGAGGGAAAGUGUGUGUGAGAAAGGAUAGUUUAGAGUGAGAGAGGUGGAAGAGGAAAAGGACUGAAAGCCAAAACGGCAGAAAGAUUGUAAGAGUUGAAAUAAAAACAGAGUGAAGAGAAGAGAAAAGGGUGGCAAGUUGGAGAAGAGGAGAGAAAAAAAGAGAGGUACAGUGAAAACGCCUCUCAUCUUCUUCUCUCUCUCUCUCUUCUUGUUCACUCUCCUUCGUUCUCUCUCCUUUUUCCCUGUGGCGGAGCGAUUAAGAGUUUUUUUAAAGAUCCAGGAAGGAGAGAGUUGCCUGCGAAAGGAGAGAACCAGAGAGAGUGGAGCAUUUCUGUCACGCUUCAUAGAAUCUUCCAGAAAACAAGACUGACCAUUCUGGAGACAGACGGACACACUAACGAGACACUGACGGGACACUGACGGGACACUAACGGGACACUAAAACUCAACAACCAACAAACAAAUAACCAAACGACCAAACCAACGAGUGAACUGAGGAACGAGAGAAUCGGCAAGAGAGCGAAACAGUCGGACGGACGUAGAGAGAGAAAGAAAGAGAGCGUGCUGGCCUCCCUGCCACCCCUCUUGCCCUCACCCGAAAUGAUGAUGUAUUUUUGGGGUAACCAAGAGGCACCAGCCCCCCCUGAAGCGAUGGCCCAGCCCUACCCACCAGCCCAGUACCCCCCUCCCCCCCAGAACGGUAUCCCAGCAGAGUACACUGCCCCGCACCCUCCUCACCCCCACCCGCCGGCAGACUACACGGGGCAGAGCGCAGUGGCUGAGCACGCCCUAACGCUGUACGCAGCCACACAGACACACAGCGAACAACCCGGCAAUGAGAACAACACACCCACCCUCACCGCCACUACAGUAUCGCAGGCAGAAGAGGUUGCGCAAACGGAGGGCUCCCAUCAGCUCCACCUGCAGCAGUGUGAUUCAUCAGAGAAGCAGCAGCCCAAACGGUUACAUGUCUCCAACAUCCCUUUCCGCUUCAGAGACCCAGACCUCAGGCAAAUGUUUGGGCAAUUUGGGAAGAUUUUAGACGUGGAAAUAAUUUUUAACGAGCGAGGUUCCAAGGGUUUUGGGUUUGUAACAUUUGAAACGAGUGCAGAUGCGGACCGUGCGCGGGAGAAACUAAAUGGUACAAUCGUAGAGGGACGCAAAAUAGAGGUCAACAACGCAACAGCAAGAGUAAUGACAAACAAAAAGGUGUCAAACCCUUACACAAACGGCUGGAAGCUGAAUCCCAUGGUGGGAGCUGUCUAUGGUCCUGAAUUGUAUGCAGUGGCAGGUUUUCCCUACCCUAGUACAGGAGCGACGGUAGCCUAUCGCGGAGCUCAUUUCAGAGGAAGGGGGCGGGCCGUCUACAACACAUUCCGUGCCGCGCCCCCACCCCCACCCAUCCCUGCCUAUGGAGCUGUUGUUUACCAGGACGGCUUCUAUGGUGCAGAAAUAUACGGAGGUUAUGCAGCAUACAGAUACGCCCAGCCAGCAGCCACGGCUGCAACCGCAUACAGCGACAGUUACGGGAGAGUCUAUGCAACAGCAGACCCAUAUCACCACACGAUUGGUCCUGCGGCCACGUACAGUGUGGGUACUAUGGCUAGCCUAUACAGAGGAGGUUGCAGUCGCUUCACUCCCUACUAGAGAGAGAGAGAGGGACAAACGCCUCCCUCCUUCUACCCCCCAGCAAAACAAACUAACAAACAAACAAAAACAACUAUCAAACUAAACUCAUACUUCCUGGUGGAAAACAAAAACAACUAUCAAACUAAACUCAUACUUCCUGGUGGAAAACAAAAACAACUAUCAAACUAAACUCAUACUUCCUGGUGGAAAACAAAAACUAGAACAAAACACUUCCAGGUCCAAAAAACACAUGAACCCCUUGUUAAGAAUCUCUCAAAUUGAAGUCUCAUUUUAAGAGUUUUAUUUGACUAUAUGCAUUGUCUUUCAUCGCUGUACUGUAAAUGAUGCUAUUUUUAAUUUCCUGUACUUCUCGGGGUUGAGAUUGAUGGUUUGAAUGUAAGAAAGCACAUAGAGAGAGAGAGAGAAAUUGGAGAUGAGGGAAUACAUGUAGGUCUCUCACUUUUCUCUCUCUCUCUCUUCAAUAAAUGUUAAAAUAUUGUCAUUAAUUGAACACUUUCUCAUUGAUAAUAGUAUUUCAUGGUGCGGGUUGCUGCCUCUGUAUAAUGUGAGUCAUACAGAGGGAAUUCACCGCUGUAUUUUCCUCUCUUUAAGUGUGUGCUCUCAAACUCAGCUCCUGUGGGAUGUGUCUGUGAUUGCAGGUUUUAAUUCCAACCCAUUUUCUGUACCCUUAUUGUUUCAAUUAGUCAUUUUCCCAAUAUACAUUAAGCUCGCUAAUGGUCAGCAAUUCCAGUUUAAGCAACAAAUUUCAAACUGGGUUUUAUUAAGUAAGUAAAUGGUACAGCCGGCCAAUUUCAUUCCCUUAAGGGUAUUGGCUGGACCCAAAGCCUACAGAACAGACCCAUAAUAACAAGCCUUUAGUUUGUAGACCUGAGACUUCUUAGGCUAAUGAGAGAAACAGAAACUCACUCAGCUGGGGGGUUGUCUCGAGCUCAGUUGAUAGAUUAUGGUGCUUGCAACCUCAGUAUAGUGGGUUUGAUUCCUGUGACCACCCAUGUGUAAAAAAUGUAUGCACUCAUGACUGUAAGUUGCUUUGGAUAAAAGCAUCUGUUAAAUGGCUUGUAUUAUAUAUCUAAAGGAGUUUGAGCUGCAACAAAAUGGCUGACAGGAAGCAGUAUUGUAGAACUCUGCGCAGGAGGAAGUGAUAUGUGGAGUGGAGGAGAGCCAGAGACAGAAGAGAAAGCAAGACACUCGACUUGCUAAUUUCUUCUGAUAGGGGCGGGGCCACUCUGGCCUACUUAUAGCCCCCACCCACGGAGGCGGUGCCCCAGAGCGAGACAUCACACUGGCAAAAUAAAUUUGGUCAGGCGGAUCAGACAGGGCGGUGUGGUGAGUGGGGAGGGGACACUAAGUAGACCAGAGCCAGCUGUACCCAUUCCCGUUCCCGCUCUCGCUUGAGCAUGCCAGAUAUUAUGGAGGAAAGCGUGCUCACGGGAGAGAGGGGAUGCCCACUUACACAGACAGGAACCUUGACAAUUUUUUUUCAAUGGUUAACGGCCUGAGUAAACUAUCUUAUUUAUCCACCAUCUUUGGGAGAGCUAUGGCAGCCAUUGCUGUAUGGCCUGGGCAGCAGCAGCAUUGUGUCAGAGAGAGAGCAUUGAUUGUGGCACUGAGCCAGAGGCAGAAAGUAUCCCAUCUCCACAGAAUGGCUUUAAAGGUACAGCACUCUAACUUUGCUUGCACCUUGAGGAAGCUAGGCAAAUUGCAACACAUUGUUUCCACACAUAAACUGAAAUUGAGUAUACAUUUUCGCAACCAGCAAUCAGAACGAUUUAUUUAUGUUUGACCCUUGCCCCAUUCUGCCAUUGUUGGUUGUGCUCGAGAAGGAGAUGACCACGCCUCUGAGUGACACUGAUGGAAGAGAGGGAGGCUUCCCAGCAGAAGCCAGACCAUCUUUUGUUGUCAAAUAGAAAGGCUGCAUUUUCAAUGCAAUUUGUAUGCGGCAAAAAUAUUUUUUCUAGGUGGAAAGAAUUGUGUGAAACACUAUCAUUCCACUAUUACUGCAGAUAUAUUAUGGACAUUUUCUGAAAUUACAAUGCAAAAAUAUUACAUAAUGUUCUGUUAAAGCGGAACACAGCGUUUCUUUUACACAAUGACACUUUGUAAGCUUUCCGUUUUCCUCUACAAAAUAAGCUAUAGUAUCUACAAAAUAAGCAAUAAUACUUCAUGUUGAUAUUGCUGUGCAUUCUUUCAUUGGUCAGUUUUUCUUUUCAGAAAGAGUCCUUAAAUAUCUCAAGUCAUUAUUUUUCGCCAUGCCAAAAUGAAUAAUUAACACUAUUCAACAAAGAGGAUGUUGAAGGGAAACGAUGAUGGUUACUUGUGGUGUUAUUAAAAUGAUAGAUAUAUGAUUUAAGAGGAACGAAAGGGCCCUUAACUCUCUUCUUCACACUCAUUUGUUUUUUAAAGCCUGCAUGCAGUCUUUCUAAUGUCAUUUUUAAAUAAUCACUGUAUGUCUAAUAUAUCACUGUAUGUGUUUAUUUCAUUAAAAUAACUCCAAAUAUA